CGGACUGUGAGGGACAAUGAGCUGGGGCUGACAGAGGAACUUCUCUACAGUGAAGCGGCGCCAUCUUGCAGUACGGACGAAAAGCUGUGGCGGGCGCCAUUUUGCACUUGGCCGAGAGAUGAGAAGCGCCUUAUUUCAUUUCCCCUCCUGGGCGCCGCCAUUUUAGGUGCCUUCAUAAAAUGCCCGUCGAGAAUCCCCUCUUUUUUCGCCCCGCUCCCAAGAUGGCGUCGAUGCGGGAGAGCGACACCGGCCUGUGGCUGCACAACAAACUGGGCUCCACGGACGAGCUGUGGGCGCCGCCGAGCAUCGCCUCGCUGCUCACGGCCUCGGUCAUCGACAACAUCCGACUCUGUUUCCACGGCCUUUCCUCGGCCGUCAAGCUCAAACUGCUCCUGGGGAUGCUGCACCUGCCCCGCCGGGCGGUGGAUGAGAUGAAAGGGGCACUGACUGAAAUUAUCCAGCUCGCUACCUUGGAUUCAGACCCCUGGGUCUUAAUGGUAGCUGAUAUUUUAAAAUCCUUUCCAGAUACUGGCUCCCUUAACCUUGAUCUUGAAGAACAGAAUCCCAAUGUUCAAGAUAUUUUAGGAGAGCUUAGAGAGAAAGUAAGUGAAUGUGAAACUUCAGCUAUGUUGCCGUUGGAAUGCCAAUACUUAAACAAAAAUGCCUUGACAACACUAGCUGGGCCACUUACUCCCCCAGUGAAACAUUUCCAGCUGAAAAGGAAACCUAAAAGUGCCACUCUCAGAGCUGAACUCUUGCAGAAGUCAACAGAAACCGCACAGCAGCUCAAGAAGACUGCAGGAGUGCCUUUCCAUGCCAAAGGCAGGGGACUGGUCAAGAAGAUAGAUACAACAACACCACUCAAAGGAAUACCAAAACAAGCUCCAUUCAGGAGUACUUCAGCUCCCAGUGUUUUUAGUCCUUCUGGAAACAGAACUCCUAUUCCUCCUUCAAGGACACCUUUGCGCAAAGAAAGAGGAGUGAAGCUUCUAGAUAUCUCUGAGCUGGAUAUGGUAGGUGCUGGCCGUGAAGCAAAGAGGAGAAGAAAGACAUUAGAUACAGAAGUUGUGGAAAAGCAAGCCAAAGAAGAAACAGUAGUAGAAAAUGCUACCCCAGAUUAUGCUGCUGGCCUUGUAUCUACACAGAAACUUGGCUCGUUGAACAAUGAGCCUGCACUACCUUCUACAAGUUAUUUACCUGCUACCCCCAGUGUGGUGCCGUCUUCUUCCUAUAUCCCAAGCUCUGAAACACAGCCAGCUGGCUCUGCACGAGAGGCCUUGCAGACCAACAGACAGACUGAAGAGCCUGCAGCUCCAAAUGCUACUACAACUCUUCCUGCACAGUUCAAACAAAGAACACCCAUGUACAACAGCAACUCUAAUCCCCCUGCAGCUACACCUACCUCACCCCUAACACCCACCACACCUCCUGCCAUCUCCCCUGCGGCACAGGCACCACAAGUGGCCCCCCAAACUCAGCAACAGCCACCACCGAAGAAAAGCCUCUCUCUCACAAGGGAGCAAAUGUAUGCUGCACAGGAAAUGUUCAAGACUGCAAACAAAGUUACAAGGCCAGAAAAGGCUCUUAUACUUGGAUUCAUGGCAGGAUCCAGAGAGAAUCCUUGCCAAGAGCAAGGUGACAUCAUCCAAAUUAAACUUAGUGAACAUACAGAAGAUUUACCAAAGGCAGAUGGCACGGGCAGCACCACUAUGUUGGUUGACACAGUCUUUGAAAUGAACUAUGCUACUGGUGAAUGGACCAGAUUCAAGAAGUACAAACCUAUAACUAAUGUUUCCUAAGAGAUGCAGCAGCAGCAGACUGGACCAAAUCAAGUUUAGAGUCAACCAGCUCAUAGAGUAUGUCAGCUGUACAAAAUGGCAUUCAUGUGUACAUUUCUUAUUACCCUCCAGAGUAGAAGCUGUGCUCUUCAACCAAACUGAGCUCAGUGAACACAGACGUGUUUGAUGGUGUCAAACUCACUUAAUUUCUUUUUUUAUUAAUCUUGGGAGAGGGAAAGAUGAUCUUAGGGGAGGGGGGGACAUUGUUGCUGUGUUUUUGUUCAGGAUGCUGAAAAAGGAGAUCACAGCUGAAAGGUUACAGAUGGGAGCAGUUUACUGCUAAGUACCAGAAGAGAAGACUACUGCGCAGUCACUCACGGUUUACUGUUAACUGAGGGCACAGAUCUUUAUUAUAAAAACAUUUUCUUUGGCAACAUGAGUUCUGUCGUAAGAAUGGAUGUAUGAAGCACCACAGGUCGGUACUUGACAAUUUUGUAUUUCAGCUGCAGUAUAACUAUUGCAGAUGGUAGAUGUCAGUGUCUGAAGGUACCCACUGUAUGUUUAGCUUAUUUAGGCUUGGGUCAUAGGAUGAGAUUGAGCAGCUUUGUUUUAGCAGUGGGAAGAAAAUGACAUGGAUCUCCUUACGCAUCUGAAGGAGAUUGCUUUAUUGUAGAAAUCACAUUUUUUUAAACCUUUAAUCUCAACCUGACGUAACUGAAACCAACCUGAGACCUAACAGAACUUAACAGAAAGAAGGCACCCAUUGGCUGGCUCAGCUGCCGUGCUGCUGUCCACGUGUCCUGUCAUCCAAUCAGCUUCCUGCUCUUACGCUGUCCAUGCCUUCCUCCAGCCAAUCACAAUCUCACUCCCAGCUGUCACUCAACUGACUCUCUCCUCACUCCUGACUGCCUCUCACCCCUCCAGCCUGCAGCUGUGCCUUUCCCAUGGGGCCUUCUGGAGAGCAUAAGCCUUAACCACUUUAAUAAUUAUUACCCCAUAUCCUACAUCUCCCCCCUCCCUCUUUUUUUAUUAAGCAAUGAAAACCUCCUAGGAAAAACCUAAGCAAUUCCUAAGACAUUAGUAACAAUGACAACAAUUAUAAUUAUUACAACUUUUCAAAAACUGUAACAUAGGCUUCUCUGGUGUGAGUAGUAAGGCUUAACAGGAACAUAAUUCAAUUUUGAAUGAAAUAACAAGGUGAAGCUUACAACUACCUAUAUGCUUUGCUAUCACCCAGGAUCUCCCAAGAGCCUUCUUUUCACAAUGAGGACUUGGAAGGCCUCUUCCGGAUGAGGCUUCCAUGUUUACCUCAAAGGAAAGUGGUCUAGCUUUUGCAAGCUAGUGAGUCCUUUUUUUGUACAGAAACACCCGGGUUUGAUAGCAAACAUCUGGGUUUGAUAGCAAACUUUUCCUUGCCCAGUCAAGGCCAUAGCUUGGCCAGAGCUAAGACCUAGACUGGGAAGGCUUUCCUAUCAUAUCCUUAAAAGAAAUCUUGAAUAAUUACUCACAGAACAGCUGGCUUUGUCAUAAAUGACUUGUAAAUAACUAUAACUAUGUACAUAUAUAUACAACUACUUUAAAAGUACCAUUUACCUUUUUGUCACAAACAAACCAAUUCAAAACUAUCAAAGGAAACAUCUCUUUGUCUCAGCCAAAUGUGCAGCCUCCAGGCAGGUUUGCUCCUCUGAGGAGGCAAGGUAGAGGUACAAGGUCCUGGUGGCUUGCAGCAACAAUGCUGGGGCUCGCUGUAAGGGUGGCAUGGCAGUGCCUGUGCCAGGGGAGCCACCUGCUCACUGCUGGCAACCCUGUGCCCCAGAACAGUGUGCUCUGCACCCCCUGGUUGCCUCUGCUGCUGGUGGCCCUGUGGCCCGACUGCCACUUCUGGGUGGAUGUAUGAGACAAGUGUUCUGGUGACAGCCAUUGGGCUGGCUGUGCUGUUGUCACUGGGCCACGCUUCAUGUGUGACAUUGCCCUACUUGAUGGGCUGGCAGUCCCUGAUGUGCCUGUGGCUGGCCAUAGGCCACCUGCAGCGAGCUGAGUGCUGUCAGUGUGGCCACCAGGUCCACCCCGGCCCCCACCCAGCCAGGACCCCCUGGAUGUGUGUCCAAAACCUGGAAGUGCGUGGCUCAAGCCACUGCCAGAGAGUUAGUAUUAUGAGCAGUAAUUCCCACAUUUUGGCAUGCUUUAACCAUAUCUGCUAUAUCACAAGUACAUAGGUUAUGAACAGUGAGCAGUGCUUUUCUCCAGUCUUUGUUUGCAUUUGUAAAUGCAAGCUGCUGCAACAGAAUAAGGCCAGAGUUAUUCUGUAUUCUGGCCUCAUCAUCGUUGGCUUGCCAGGAGAGCGUGGCAUGCAGUCUGUCCAGGAACUGCACAAACAACUCUGCUGGACCUUGUAAAAUCUCAGCAAAAGACAUAUUAGAGUCGAUACCCGUCCCUGGGAGUUGCUGCAGGGCCUGCAGGGCUAGGUGAGUGAUAUCACAUACAUCACACAGGUAGGCUGCCUGUGCUGCAGGGACUGCAAAGGGACCCUCUGUGGUCAGCGGUACACAAUGGCUGCUGGUGCAUUUCUGUCCUGCAGCGCUUCCCCCGGGCUGUACCCAGCUCAGUAAUCAGUUAGCCAGACUGCUAACUGCAUCACUGUUAGAAUCAUCUUCCUUGUGCUUUUCCAGUCAUGGGUGUGAGGAUGUGUGCAGUACCAAUAGACUCAAGGUAGAUAGGGUGCGACAGGAGAAUAUGCCACUUUCUUUGACUAGCGCCCUCAGUUCUUUAUUUUACAGUCUAGCUCUUGGUACUGUGGGCAUUGGUUUGGUGCAUGUAUUACUGGGCAGGCUGAAAUGACCACCAAGUCACCCUCCUUCAUGGUGAUUUCCCAGCAUUGCUGCCAACGCUGGACUACUGCACCGCCAUCUUGGCCAGGGAGUGAGUUGCCACCUGCUCGCGAUGCGGGAGUUCUGCGCCAAAGGGGCCAGCACGCAGGGUGUUUUAUUGGGGUGAGACAGCUCUGUGGGGCUUGGUUUAGUCUUGGGAUAAGGGAAUUCAGCAGGGUUUGGGUCCAUCUUAGGGUUGUAUAUGGGUUUGGGGGAAUUAACUUCCAAAGCCAUUGUAGUGGCUGACAUUUGUGUGACUGCCUUUAAUGGCUGCCAUAGUUGCCCCCCAUGUAGCAAGGUGCCUGCAAGCUUUGGCAUCGCCAUCUCUGGUGAUCAAAAAGUCUCUGGCCUAUUGCUUGCAGGUUUCUGAUCAAAGGGACCCACUAAAGGUAAAAUCUUUAACUUGAUUAGACACCCAGUCCAGCAGGGUGCUUAGUUUCACAUCAGCCAUAUUAAUAGAUUGCUGAUGUAGGAGCUGCCUGACCUGGCCCAAGCUCCUGCUUUGUUCCAGGGAUAUUCCACCUCCCAUACUUUCUCCCACUAGUCCCCUCACCCUCCCAGUGAGAGGUGCACAUACUUUAAAUUCCCAAGUUCCUUCCCAGACUCUUCCUGGAUCCUGCCUGGCUGGUUCCUUGACCUAGUGGGAGCUGCUACCAGAGCCCACUGCACACCCUGAGCCCCCUUUAUAGGUGUCUGUUCAGGUCAGCCAGCAGUGGGGAACAAAGUGACACAGGCCCCCUUAUGCAUCCAAAGGAGAUUGUUUUAUUGUAGAAAUCGGCCCUUUUUUAUACCUCUAAUGUCUACCAAACAGAAACCUGACAUAACUGCAACCAAACUGACAACAGAACUUAACAGAAAGAAGGCACCCAUUGGCUGGCUCAGCUGCUGUGCUGCUGUCCACAUGUCCUAUCAUCCAAUCAGCUUCCUGCUCUUACGCUGUUCACCGUUCCUCCAGCCAAUCACAAUCUCACUGCGUGUUCCUGCAGCCAAUCACAAUCUCACUCCCAGCUGUCGCUCAGUGACUCCUCACUCCUGACUGCCCCCUCCAGCCUGCAGCUGUGCCUUUCCCAUGGGGCCUCUGGGGAGCAUAAGCCUUAACCACUUUAAUAAUUAUUACCCCAUAUCCUACAUCUUGUUAACUCUCUAUAUUAUCAAUGUACAUGCCCAGCAUGAGUUAAUCUUUAUUUGGCAUUAUUUGAGAUAGACAAAAACUGAGUAUCUUAACUUUCUGAAGAAAAAACCCAGCAAAAUGGUAAAAGUAACUGUGGCUUGUGCUGCCUGGAAGUGAUAGUUUCUUGCCAUAGGAGUCUUGGGGUAGAAGUUGAUCCAUGGCUCUUGCAUAACAAGCCCUUAGCAUAACUCACCUGGAGGAAGGGAAACAACUACGUCUCAAAACCAACUGGAGCUUAAUUUCAAAAUGGCCCUAGAAAUGGCUGAGACACAUCUGAGUAGAAGUAGUUUUGUUGUCUUGAGGCACUAUUAAUGUUUGGUUGAGUAGUCAAAAGCUGCUUGAUUGCCAAACCCUGACCCAAAAAGUUUUUAAUGAUUGUAGCUGUGGUUCUCACCAGUGUAGUUUUAUCAGUAUAAUUGCUAAUGUGACCGCAAUUAUACUGGCAUAUAAAUGUGCCUUGUACUUGUCCCCUGCUAGUAGAAGCACAUUUUUAUCUUUAUAACUGUGUUCAUACCACUGGUGUAAUCUGGCUUUAAUGCUGCAAGCAAAGCUGGCAUUUACUGAGAGGAUUUAUGUGCAUUAGUCAGGAUUCCUUCUUGGGACACAGCUUCACCAUUUGAAGGAGUCUUGAAUUCAGUGUCUGGUUUCUUCCACUACUUGUGUGUGGAGCAGUGCUUGGCUGGGAAUGCUGCUUAGGAGGAAGAAAUACAAAGAUGAGUAGCAGAGUGGUGAUGUGUUGAGGAGGUACCUUGGGCUGACUUAAAGAUUCAUGUUGAAGUGGAGCUUUAGGACUAAAUGAGGCUUUUUUUUUGUUCCUUUUUUCUGAAAAAAAAAAAAAAAAGACCAAAUCCCAUAGUACACUUGUAUACUAAUAAAAACAUUUAGAUGUUUGAUUAGAAUUUUUUUUUUUAUUGGGGAAUUUUUAUUGCAUUUUAAUCUUUGUUUCUCAAUCAAACUACCCACCAGGACAGGGCAAGUAUAAAUAAUAUUUUUAAAAAAUGCCCUGUAUUCUACAGUGUUUUAAGAUGUGACCAAAAGUGUAGAUUUCUUAACUUUAUUUAAGCAAAUACACAGAAUGUUCUAGCUCCUGUAACAGGCAGGGUGUUUGAUGGUAGCUGCUGCUGUUACAGUGUUGUGCAUGAUUUAGUCUGAAAGUUACUCACAUAUAACUGUCACAUGGGGCUGUCCUCCCCAGAAUUGCCCAUUUCAGAAACAAUGUAGAUUGCAAUUUUGAUUCCAACUUCUCUUUUUAAACAGCUUGACAAGUGAGGGUGAGUAGUGAGUUUUAGUUUUUAGGAGUUUAGUAGAAUGUAUUAUGGUUGUAAUUUAUUUGGUUUUAGAGUGUUACACAGUGAGGGCUAAUGAUAGGAUAUGAAAGUAUUCAUCUUUUAGAAGAAAGGUUUAAAGAAAAGUGACAUUCCUUUUGUUGUCUGCAUUCAGAUUUUGAAGUUUUUUCCUUGUGAUGACCAGUUUUCUGUACAUGUGUAUGAUACUUCUGUCUUAACUGUUCCUGCUUGCUAGAUGAGCUGCAAGUAUCAGAUACAGUUGUUAAGAAUGAGCAUUUAGAAAAUUGGCUGGAUUGAGGGACAUGUACUGUCAUUGUAAACUGUUGAUGCAGGACCUGUGCAGUUCAGUCGUGGUCAGGAGCUGCUGUGUGGUGGCUCUUUUGGCUUGCUUGAGAUUAAUGGUGGUCCCUCACUACACUUUCUGGGGCCACAGAAGCCUGCAUUUCAGAGCUGUGCUUUGGGAGGAGACAGCUGUCCCUCUGCUCUUCAAGAAGCCCUUCUAGAAUGCAGUGGAGUCUUUUGAGUGCAGUAGUAUGUAGGAAGCUUAACCAUGCUGCUGUUUGUAAUUGCUGCAUAAUGCAGUUGGUCUCCAGGCCUGUUUGUCUAAAGUCAGUCAUAGGCGAUAAAUGGAAAUUUUAAGUAGAACUAUAGUAUAUUUUUAAUUCCAUAAACUCAUUAUGAUGAGACAAUUUAACACUGCAAAAUUAAUUUUUUUAAGUCACUCUAUGACCCUCAAUACUAGAGGACUACUUCAACUUGAUCUGUGAAUCUAUAAAGUGUUUAAAUGCCUAAAGGGGAAGUCUCUGCAACAUUGUUAAAGUGAUACAGUGAGAAGUAAAACUACAUGGAGUUCUUUGGUUCAGUGAAUUAAAUCAUCAAAUCUGUGUUCUGGAAGUAGGAAUAAUGCCAGACAAAUCAGAAAGGGAAACUUAAUAUUGAAAUUCCAAUAUUUUUAGAUUGUUAUAUCCAGAACAAAAUCUGGCCUUGGAACUUGAUGUUUUUUGUCUUGAAUAGUCAGUCACUUGGAUGGGAAGCUAUUCAGUGAGACUCAGUGUGUGCUGUCAGGUUAAAAAAAAGCAUUUCUUUACUCUAGAAUGACUUGCAGAUUUACUGAGUUGACCAGAGAAGUAAUUCAGAAUUUUCUUAAAGCUUUGCUUUUCUCCUUUCCUCAUGCCUUUAUCCAAGCAUUAAGUUUUAGGAAAUAGCAACCCCAAACUUAAGAGCUUUGGGCUUGAGCUGCACCUCAUCAAGGGGGAUGUCCCAGUCUCUCUUGCCCUUGCUUGUAGAGAAGCUCCUGUCUAUGCAAGCCUAGACAUGAUAUGAAUUAGGUUCUUUGAUCUGAGUAUGAAAUACUGCAGAAAGAAGCAGUGAAAGUGGUUUUUGAUUUCCCUGUCCUUUCCAGACUUUGUUUUCAGGGGAGAAAGAGCACAUUCAUCUUACCCAGGGUUCUUCAAUAACUUGUCCUAUGGUGAAGUACUAGGUUUCUGAAGGCUCCAUUUUCUUUCAUGUGUGCUGUGAGGACCAGAAAGAGUGAAAUGAGUAUAACAAAGAAAGGGAGCCCAAGAAGGAUGCUGAGAUCACAGAUUCCAUCUUUCUGUUCAUUCUUUUGCUACUCUAAUGCUUUGUAGUUAUCUCCAUACAAACCAGUCUAGGCUUAGUACAGUUAACACUCUAGUAUUGGGCUGGUAUUUUGUGGGUUAAUUUGAUUUUCAGUGCUGGCUUUGCCAUUUAAUCUUUCAGUUCAAUGCCAUAGGAUCCUGGAUACACUGGGGAGGAGCCUUUGGUAGUUGCUUGAUAUCUCCAUGUGGAAUUGAUCACUUCUCUCACUAAGUUGUGUCAAAGUGCAGACCACUUGUCUAGAUAAAAGAAUCUUGAGACUUUGGCAUCAUGCAGUUUAAGAGUGAAUCACAUUUUCAUAGUAAGGUCUGACUGGAAAAAAAAAAAAAAAGACUAAAAAAUGUUAAGCCAGAGCCCUCUGGGAAUCUGGUGCCUUUAACAAAAACUGUCAUUUUGUAAAAUGUCACAUCUAUAGCAUAGCCCGUAUGUUUUCUAUUGGUUUUUGUUUGGUUUUUUUUGUACAGAUGUAAAUUCAAAAUAUGCUGUCUUUGGGUACGUAUUUUCAGUGUAAUACAGUAUGUAUAAUAAAAAAUUUAGCUUUUCUAA